UCAAAAAAUGGAACACACCAGCAGUGUGAGGAGACCUGAAAGUGGCACAUGGCAGAGAGUGUGGCGAUGGAGACAGCAGCAAAUGGGAGGCCGUACAGGGACCCAUGAGACACUCUGGGACCUGGCAGCAGCAUGAGGAGGCGGUACAGGGGCCCAUGGCAGAUUUAGGGGCCUGGCAGCAGCAAUGGGAGGCCCGUAAUCUGCCAGAACCCUAUGACAAAAAAUGGAACACACCAGCAGUGUGAGGAGACCUGAAAGUGGCACAUGGCAGAGUGUGGCGAUGGAGACAGCAGCAAUGGGAGGCCGUACAGGGACCCAUGAGAGACUCUGGACCUGGCAGCAGCAUGA